AUGCCGAACCCGACUGCGAAAAGCAAUGACGAUUCUCACAAGGCCCCCACCCCAACUACUACUGGACAGACCUUCCCGUUGAGACCCAUAACUGCAGAUCGAUCCACUGCGGCUGCCUGCCCCUCGCUGGAUGAUGCGACCUCCGCCGAGAAUAUUAUAAGUCGUGACCAAUCUCCUCCGCCUGCUGACCAGGGCUUUGAGCUGGAGGAACUAUUACUCACGGACUCUGCUGCUGUUGAUCCCCAUGGCCCUUCCUCGAACGACCAUCCUGAUUCAGAUUCAUCCUUGACCAACUACAACGAGUCUGAACUCACUAACCUCCCCGACGAUCCCGAGCAACGAGAUCCAAUGUCGAGGGCACCGCUUUUGCUGAGGUCGUCGCCGGGCUUCGGCACCGGCUCCUAUGGAGCUGCGCCGAUCAAUCCUGUCACUGAAGAGAUUACCGAAAAUCAAAAUGAAGAAGACAUAUACAACGAUCGAGACGUGGAGGAGGUGCGCAACAGGAGGCGCAAAUCUCAGAGUACCACCAGAUCAUUUGGCACUCUGAGCAGGACGGGCACCGUUAGCAGGUCGGGCACAUUGGGAAGAGCAAGUACCUCGUCAAUGCGAAUGAAAAGGAAAUCCGAGGAGAUCCUUGGGGGUUCCAUCUCUGUAAGCGGCCUUUCGGGCCGCUUUGGUGUCACCGAAACUUCACUGGUUGAAGAUACCAUGUCCGACGCAAAGUCAGACGUCUCUGAAUACAUGGGCGAGUCUGGCGACGAGAGCGAGAUCGAAUCCAUAAACGAGGACGAUCCACCAGAUAACUCGCCAUACUCCCAAGUACGAGCUUCCGUUGCGCCAACUGACAACUAUACGCUGUCCAUAAGUACACCCCGCAUGUGGAUUCUUUCAACACUAUUCGCUGUGCUUGGAUCUUCCACCAACCUGUUUUUUUCUUUGAGAUACCCUAGUGUUGCGAUUACACCCGUUAUAGCAUUGUUGCUUGUGCAUCCCCUCGGUCUUCUGUGGGAUCUCCUGCUCAAACGAGAUGACGACCCCGAGGAAGAGUUUGUCGACGGCGUGCGUGUUGCCAUCUCCGCCGCAGGAUCACCCACAGACCCUGGAGUUCCCCCUGUAAAGCAACGGAGUCGGGCUCAAAGAUUUCGGCUAUGGCUGGCACAAGGACGCUGGAAUGAGAAGGAGCACAGCUGUGUCUAUGUCAGCAGUAACGUCUCGUUCGGAUUUGCGUUCGCAACCGACGUCAUUGUCGAACAGACGCAAUUCUACAAGCAGGAUGCGACCAUUGUCUACCAGCUACUUCUGACGCUGUCGACUCAAAUCCUAGGCUACGCCUUUGCCGGUCUCUCUCGGCGCUUUUUGGUCCGUCCCAGCGGCAUGAUAUGGCCGGGAACCUUAAUGUCGGCAGCCAUGUUCGGCACUCUGCACAAGGAAGAGAACAAGCCCGCAAAUGGAUGGAGGAUGAGCCGUUGGAAGUUCUUCUACCUGAUUUUCUUCUCAUCGUUCAUUUUCUACUUCAUUCCAGGUCUUCUGAUGCCAGCUCUGAGCUACUUCAACGUCAUCACCUGGUUUGCGCCGGAUAAUGUGGUUGUGGCAAACCUCUUCGGAGUUGCCUCUGGCUUGGGUCUGUUCCCACUCACUUUUGACUGGGCACAAAUUGCCUACAUUGGCUCGCCCCUCCUCACACCGUUUUGGGCAGCCAUGAAUGUUGUUGGUGGUUUGGUCAUUGUCAUGUGGAUCGUUGCGCCGAUCGCGUACUAUGCCAACUUAUUCUACUCAUCAUACAUGCCUAUACUUUCGGCGUCCGUCUUUGACAAUACUGGCAACGUUUACGAUGUCAGCAGGAUCCUCACUUCGGACUUUGUUUUUGACAAGGAUGCCUACAAAAAUUAUAGCAGAGUCUUCCUGCCCAUCACCUAUGUCCUCAGUUAUGGGCUACAAUUUGCGGGUCUAGCCUCUUUACUUACACACACGGCUUGUUGGCAUGGAAGGGAUAUUUGGACACAGUGGAGAAGAUCUCUAAAGGAAGUUGAGGAAGAAGGGAAGCCAUCGUAUGAGCCACUUGGCACUGAGAAUAACAGUCUCUCGCCAAUCACUAGGCAACCUGGCGACCUAGGAAUGAGGAGGUCGACCCCAAAUUUUGACGAUCUUCUUAGUCGGGAAGAUGUCCAUAACAGAUUGAUGAAGCGCUACAAAGAUGCGCCUCUAUCAUGGUACUUGCUCACCGCAGCAGUUAUGACAGCAGUCGGCAUGUUCGUCGUCGAAUACUACCCGAUUCACCUGCCAUGGUAUGGACUGCUUCUGGCAUUGGGCAUCUGCUCUGUACUCUUUAUUCCCAUUGGUAUCGUCAUGGCCGUCACGAAUCAACACAGCAGUAUCUACCUCAUCUGCCAGCUGAUUGCCGGUGCCGUGUUUCCGGGACGGCCUUUGGCGAACAUGGUAUUCGUAACAUAUGGUUAUAUCUCCUCGGCGCAGGGCAUCAAGUUCGCAGCAGAUCUCAAACUGGGACACUAUAUGAAGAUUCCGCCAAGGAUUCUUUUCAAAGUGCAAAUGGCCGCCACAAUCAUCUCCUCGCUGACACAAAUUGGUGUGCUCAACUGGAUGUUCGCCAAUAUCCCCGGUUUGUGCACCCCGCAGGCAAUCAACGGUUUUACCUGCCCAAUUGCCAGGGUUCAUUUCAAUGGCUCAAUUCUGUGGGGUGUAGUUGGUCCAUCCGAGUUCUUUGGACCUGGCGCAACAUAUCGACCAUUGGUUUGGGGCUUCUUGAUUGGUGCCAUUGCCCCCAUCCCGCUCUGGCUGUAUGCCCGAGGCAAGAAGAACACGAUAAUUCGCAAGAUCAACCUCCCAGUACUCUUUGGGUCACUUAGCUGGAUUCCACCAGCUACUGGUCUAAACUUCUCGGUCUGGGCUUUGGUUUGCUACAUCUUCAACCACUUGAUCAAGAACCGGGCUGGUGCCUGGUGGGCCAAGUACACAAUGACACUGAGUGCGGCGCUUGACUCUGGUCUCGCUGUGGGCAUUGUUGUGGUGUUCUUUGGAUUCAUCUUCCCAGGCUGGAUGGACGGAUUCAGCUGGUGGGGAACUGAAAUUUACAAGCAGGGCUGCGACUGGCAAGCUUGCGCCUUUAAAACCGUGGAAAACGGUACACACUUUGGCCCUGACCAAUGGUAG